GUCCUGCGGCUCUUCUCACGGGAGAAGCCACCAGCCCAGCCUCUCAAGAUGGCCUUCGUCCCUGCACCAGGCUACCAGCCCACCUACAAUCCCACGCUGCCCUACUACAAGCCCAUCCCAGGCGGUCUCCUCGGAAUGUCCGUUUACAUCCAAGGAGUGGCCAACGAGCACAUGAAGAGGUUCUUCGUGAACUUCGUGGUGGGGCAGGGCCCGGGGGCGGAUGUCGCCUUCCACUUCAAUCCUCGCUUCGAUGGCUGGGACAAGGUGGUCUUCAACUCGCAGCAGGACGGCAAGUGGGGCAACGAGGAGAAGAAGAGGAGCAUGCCCUUCCGCAAGGGCGCCGCCUUCGAGCUGGUCAUCAUGGUCCUGCCCGAGCACUACAAGGUGGUGGUAAACGGUGAUCCCUUCUAUGAGUUUGGGCACCGGAUCCCAGUCCAGUUGGUCACCCACCUGCAAGUGGAUGGGGACCUGACGCUUCAAUCAAUCAACUUCAUCGGAGGCCAGCCCGCCCCCAGCCCGGGACCCAUGCCUAAUCCGUACCCAGGUCCUGGAAAGCACAACCAACAGCCGUGUAACCUGCCAUGCAUGGAGGGAGCCCCAACCUUCAACCCGCCUGUGCCAUAUAAGGCGAGACUGCAAGGGGGCCUUGUGGCCCGAAGAACCAUCGUGAUCAAGGGCUAUGUGCCCCCCUCGGGCAAGAGCCUUGUCAUCAACUUCAAGGUGGGCUCCUCAGGGGACGUGGCGCACAUCAACCCCCGCCUGACCGAGGGCAUCGUGGUUCGGAACAGCUAUCUGAAUGGCAAGUGGGGAGCCGAGGAGAGGAAGAGCUCCUUCAACCCGUUUGCUCCCGGACAGUACUUCGAUCUGUCCAUUCGCUGUGGCUUGGAUCGCUUCAAGGUUUACGCCAAUGGCCAGCACCUCUUCGACUUCUCCCAUCGCCUCUCGAACUUCCAAGGGGUGGACACACUGGAGAUCCAGGGCGAUGUCACCUUGUCCUACGUCCAGAUCUGAUCUAUUCCUGGGGCCAUAACCCUUGGGCGCACAGAGGAAGAGCCUGUCGGACUCCCUUCUAAGCCUCUAAUAAAAUUAAUAAACUGCC